UACAGAGCUCGGGAAAGUUAGUGGACAUUUAACUGCCCCCCCCCCCCCCCCUCAAAGAGAAUACAUUUUCUUUGAAGGAAAUGAAAAGAAUUCAUUAUUUUCAAUCUCGUAACCUGGGCCCGGAUCAGGGUGGUGCCCGCAAGGAAGCCUGGCCAUCCUGCCCGCAGUUACCAGGGACACGCCCAGCCCUCUGGUUCCAGGAUAGGACAUCUGUGACAGGGGAGGAGUGUGGGCAGAAGCCUCCGCAGGCAGGGAGCCGAUGGCUGGGUCUCCAUGGCCACCCGCAGGUGCCUACACUGGGCCUGCCUGUGUCGGGCCCCUGGGAAGACGGGGCAGAGCUGGCCCCCUGGGGUGGACGCACUGCGAGGCUCUCUGGGUCUGCUUGGGACCGAGUCCUUAACCACUGGCCAGCUCUCGUCCGUCUCCUUGCAAGUGCUGCUCUACCUGAGUGGGGGGUAUUAUGCCCUGUAUUUCCUGGCUACGCUCCUAAUGAUCAUAUAUAAAAGUCAGGUUUUCAGUUAUCCUUGUCCUUACCUGGCUCUCGACCUGACUCUGCUGUUUCUGAUGGGGAUUCUGGAAGCAGUUCGGUUGUACCUGGGCACCAAGGGCAACCUGAUGGAGGCCGAGGUGCCGCUGGCCGUCAGCCUGGUCCUUACAGCGGGUGGCGCCCUGCUGUCCACCUACUUCCUGCUCUGGCAGACGCUGGUGCUGUGGGCCGACUCCACCCUCAGCGCCGCGCUCCUCACGCUCCACGGCCUGGAGGCCGUCCUGCAGCUGGUGGCCAUCGCUGCCUUUGUCAGCUAGGCGGGCAGCACCCGGCUUUGCCGGGCAGGACGGCUCUGCACAGAAGCCCCCGCCCGGGAGCUCGGCCGUCUCCUCCCCCAGUGCUGGACGGAAGGGCACCGGUGGGGACGGAUCGUAGUGGCUCCCGGAAGACACCGAGCUCCUGCUCUCCAGGACCUUUACCUGUUCACGCUGUGCACCGUCCACGUCUGGAACAAAACGUUGGGUGGCGGUCAGCUGCCACGGAGGGCACCACAGCUCCACGUGGCCACCAGCCAGCCUGGGACUCCAGGCUCUCUGCUGCCUCCUGAUCAGGGUCAGUCCUGGUCUGGGGACAGUGACUUUCAUUUCAGAAGUGCUACGGUCCCCACCUCAGCUGCUCCCUUGUGUGCCGGCCUUCCCACUUUUUGCCCGUCCAGGCUCCGUCUCCAGGAGGGACGAGGGCAGGCCCGUGCCUUCCUCUCCCAGUGCUCAGCAGAGUAGGAGAGAGAACCAGGAAGCCAGGUCCUGCCAGGGCUCGGGGGCAGGGCUGGGCCCAAGGAGAAGGCCACUUCCUGCCCCACCUGGGAGAGCUCACCUGUGAUGCUUCAGACAGCAGGCAGGGAGACCCGCCCCGGGGUCCUGGUGACCCGUGAAAAGGCAGUGCCACUGACCGUCCAGGACCCAGUGUGCCUCCCUUCCCCAGGCGGUUCCCCAGGAAGCGCUCCACGUCAGUGCCAGGCAAACAAGGCCAACUGCCCUGGGCCCCUGCCUCCUGACACACCCGUUUCCACCCCCACACCACCCCAGGAAUCAUAGCCAGAGCCCUUGGGUCCUUGCACGUGCCUGGGGGUGCCCACCGCUGCCCGGACCUGCCCUCUGCCCCUUCCCCACUUCCUCCCAGCCAGCUGGCUGAGCAGGGGCAUCCUGGGAGUCCAUUCAGGACACCUGCCCUACGCUGAGGGCAGAGGGUGGGGCCUGGGCCUAAGGAGGGGGGCACUGCCAGGAGUGCCCUCCCCCACCUGUUCUGGUCCCUGGCACCAGUGAACAGUCUGGGCCACAGGAUCCCCACCCUCCCGUCUGACACCCACAUCCCUCUGGGGAUGCCCAUGUUGGUUGAGGCUACGCGAAAAGACUAUAGGAUCUCCUGAAUUGUGGAGGGGAGGGCCCCUCUCCGGCCUGGGAGGCUCAGCGCGCAGAGCCCUGGGGUCUCUGGCCUCUGAUCAUAACUUUGACACCCACUUGCAGACUAAGGCCUGGCCCUAGCACUCCCCCCAUCCCUCCAGAGCAGAGGGGCCAGCUGAACGGGAGGGGAGUCUGUCCCGGGGCCCCAGAGAGAGCCCCUCUGCCGCGGCAGCUGAGGCUGGGGGUACCUGGCAUCUGCUAGGGCUCAUCCAGGGCUGCCUCGCGAAGAUCUCAGAGCCUCGCCCUGCUCGGUCACACUGGCGCAUCUCCGGGGUGAGGGGCUCCAGAUCCGCCUAUCCGUCCGCGGGCGCCCCGGCUCUG